CUAUAUUUUUUUUUUCAAGUUCAUGGAACCACUACAUUCUGGUACAUAUCCAGCUGUAAUGGUUAACAGAGUCGGGAACCGAUUGCCCAAGUUUUCUGGAGCACAAUCCUGAAUGGUUAAAGGAUCCUUCGAUUUCAUCGGGUUAAACUAUUACACCUCAACUUAUGCAACCAAUACUCCUUGCCAAAAUGGAAGGCCAAGUGUCUUUACAGAUUCAUGUGUUAGAUUUACAACUCUAAGAAAUGGGCUUCUAAUUGGUCCAAAGGCUGCUUCAGAUUGGCUGUACAUCUAUCCACCAGGAAUUCAAGGUCUUUUAGAGUACACUAAGGAGAAAUUCAACAAUCCAAUCAUUUAUAUAACAGAGAAUGGAGUUGAUGAGGUUAAUGAUGGUAAAAUGUCACUUGAUGACAAAUGGAGAAUAGAUUAUUUCAGUCACCACCUUCUGUAUCUUCAAAGGGCCAUAAGGAAUGGUGUGAGGGUAAAAGGUUACUUUGCAUGGUCCUUGUUGGACAAUUUUGAAUGGACUGCUGGCUACUCUCUUCGUUUUGGACUUGUCUAUGUUGAUUACAAGAAUGGCCUCAGAAGAUAUCGUAAAAGAUCAGCUUUGUGGUUCAAAAUAUUUCUCCACCAUUAAAAUGGUAGAAAAUAUAUGUCUUCAAAUUUAAAUUGAGAAUUUGUUCCCUAACUCUAAGGUUAAGGCUUUGAUGAUUUCUGAUGUUUAGCCUAAGAGUGAGGCAUCAUAUUGGAACUUACUUUCCGUAA